AUGAGCCCAGCGCGGCCGCCGCCAUCCCAACACACCCUUGUCAGCUCGGCAGCAACGUCGGGUAUUGUCGCAUCGCUGAAGGGCAGCGACCAUGCUGUGGCGGCGUCGACCUCGGUAGCUCGCCUGUCGGCACCGCAUUGUCAGAUUACCUACACACUCGGUGUGCUGCUUGGGAAGGGCUCGUUUGGGUCCGUCUACUUGGGUGUCAACUCCAAAACCGGCGAGUUGCUGGCUGUGAAGCAGGUCGAGCUCGGUGUCGGUUUUGGCGAAGCCAAGCCCGGGCAUCGCAUGGAGGAGCAGCGCCUCAAGGUCCAGCAGAAGAUGGUGGACGCCCUGCACAAGGAAAUCAAUAUUCUGAAGGAACUGAGCCAUGUCAACAUCGUUCGAUAUCUUGACUUUGAAAUCAGGGACAACAAAAUGAAUGUCUUGCUCGAGUACGUCUCGGGCGGCUCGAUCGCCAGUUUGCUCACGAAAAUCGGCAAAUUCAGCGUCCCAUUGGUUCAGUUCUUGACGUGCCAGAUUCUGCGUGGCAUCGAGUAUCUCCACGACCAGCGCAUCAUCCAUCGAGAUAUCAAGGGAGCAAAUGUGCUUGUUGUCGACGACGGAACGGUCAAGAUCAGCGAUUUCGGCACCUCCAAGAAGGACAAGUACGAGAGUGCGAUUGCCUACCGCUACAACUCGCACAUGUCUGUGCAGGGCUCUGUUUUCUGGAUGGCUCCGGAGGUGGUCAAGGUCUCGGGCAGCCAAGGGUACUCGGCCAAGGUCGAUAUCUGGAGUCUGGGGUGCGUGUGCCUCGAGAUGCUGACGGGCCACCACCCUUGGGGCCGGCUUGACGAAAUGCAAACAAUGUGGCGACUCGGCAAGGGCAACAGCCCCGAGGUUCCGGACGACUUGACACCAGAGGCCAAAGACUUUUUGGAGAAGUGUUUCACUCUUGACCACGAACAACGGCCGACUGCAUCCCAACUUUUGCUACACCCGCUUGUC